UGGAAUUCAUGAUGGCUGGAAUGAAGUUUGAGUACGAUGAAUCUGGCUCAACAUUUUUCUAUUUCCUGACUAGUUUUCUGGGAUUAGUUCUACUACCUUGUACAUUUUACUUUUGGCCAGCAGCUACAAAUGAAGAAGACCAGGAGAAAGACUGCUGUGAAGUAUUCCAAAGAAAGCACUCCAGACUCAAGAAGCCCGAAAAAUGGAAAGGACUACGCAAAAAUACUCAGCGUGGGUUAAUCUUAGUGGGUUGGGCUGUGAUGGCUAUCCUCGUGUACAAGCUACAACAGUUUGAUUAUGAAUAUGCCAACUUUGACCCUUAUGAUAUACUUGGGGUUGGCGUGGGAUCAUCUGUUGCUGAGAUCAAGAAAGCAUACAGGAAGCAGUCUCUUGUAUACCAUCCUGAUAAGCCUACAGGCGAUGAACGCAAGUUUAUGAGGUUAAAUAAAGCAUAUCUGGCACUGACGGACGAUGAUGCCAGACGAAACUAUGAGCGGUAUGGUCACCCGGAUGGUCCCGGGGCAAUGCAUUUUGGAAUUGCUCUUCCUUCAUGGAUUGUUGAGAAGGAGAAUUCCCUGUGGGUGCUGGGCCUAUAUGGGCUGGUGUUUAUGAUCGCUCUGCCCACAGUUGUUGCCAUAUGGUGGUACCGGUCUUCCAAGUUCUCCAAUGAUCAGGUUCUGCUUGACACAACACAACUGUAUUAUUACUUCUUCCAUAAAACUCCACACAUGGUGUUCAAGAGGGCGCUCAUGGUUCUGGCAGCAUCCUUGGAAUUUGAGAAGGGACACAAUCAUGAGAUUGUUGAACGUCCAACUGAUAAUGUAGAAUUGCCACAGUUGAUAAAACAGUUGCCAAACCUUGGAGAAAAGAACAAGGAACGUCCACUGUGUUUUGCAUACUCCAUGAAGGCGCGCUCCCUGCUACAUGCACAUCUUUCUCGUAUGAAGCUUCCAGAUAAUACCCUGGACCAAGACCGGCUGUAUAUUGUCAAGUGCUGUCCCAUACUGAUUCAGGAGAUGGUGACCUGUGUGUCUCAGCUGAUAAUGCUGGCACAUGCUGGUCGUAUUGCUCGCCUGCCUUCUCUGGACACCAUUGAAGCAUGUAUGAAACUCUCCUCAAAUAUUGUGCAGGCUCUCUGGGACUCCAAGAAUCCUCUGCUUCAGCUGCCUCAUGUCACAGAAGAGUCCCUAAGGCAUUUUGUGAGUAAACGUCGACCAGUGAAGACCAUCGAGCAACUUCUAUCUCUCUCUUCUACGGAGAGGCAUCAUGUUUUACGUUCUCUCUCAGAAGAAGAGUUCAACGAUGUUAUGAUUGUGUGCAGGAAGAUGCCAAAGAUUGAAAUGAAUGUUAAUUAUGAAGUCGUUGAUGAUGACGAUAGUGGCGUUUUUACUGCUGGAGCAAUAGUAACAGUAACAGUGAACCUGAGGCGACGCCCAAUGGGAGAAGUGUAUGAACAUACUCUUCAGGAAACUGAGCAGCGGCUCGAUGGUCAAGAGAAGGAUGAAGAGUCUCUUGCCCUUUCUGUUGGAAAAAAAUCAGGAUGGAAGAAACCUCAACCUAAAAAGGGAGGAAAGUCCAAGGGAGGAAAGUCUCAACCACAGAAGAAAAAACAACAUCAACAACCCACAGCAAAGAAAGAAGAAGAACAUCAAGAGGAGAAGAAAGAGAAGAGUAAGAAAAAUAAACUUGCAGGUUCACAGCAGCAGGGACAGCGAGCAGAGGUUAUUGAAGAGAAAGCUGAUCAAGACACAGAUGAGGAUGAUUCAGCUUCCCAUUCUGAUGAAUCGCUUGCUGAAGAAGCAGACACUGAAUCCCAUAGAGAUGAUAAGCAUGCAAACACUGCUGAUGAUGAUGCAGAAUGGGAAAGGUUCCAGAAGGGUCUGACUAAGAGGGAGAAAGCUCUUGAAGGUAAAUCCAAGAUGUCACACACGGUACACUGCCCGUAUUUCCCUGAUGAUAAGCAAGAGUAUUGGUGGACAUAUGUUUGUGACCGCAAGAAGCACAUGCUCAGUACUGCUCCUUACCAGAUAACAAACCUGGUGGAUCAUGAGGAAGUUCAGCUUAAGUUCACAGCACCACAGAAGCCAGGUAUCUACAGCUACCAAGUGUGUUUGCGUUCUGAUUCAUAUUUAGGUUUGGAUCAGAAUCAAGACAUUAAACUAGAUGUGAAAGAAGCACGGGAGAUCCCCACAGAACACCCGCAGUGGCUAGAAUGUACGAGUGAUGAGGAUGAUGAUGAUGACAAUGAGAUAGGGAAAGAUGAUGGUGAGGACUCUGAGUACACCACAGAUGAGGAAGUCACCGACGAAAGCGAUGAAGAAUGAUGUGAAGACUAAAGUUGAGUACCAUACUGUACACUAUAGAUCUGUGGUCUGUUGGAAGCUCAAGGCCAAGUAAUUUCAUCCAGUUUUACUUUUAUUUUCAUUCUUUGAUCUGUUACAUGUCAAUAUUUUGUGUUAACUAAAUAAUCCGCAGCUUCAACUCACUGGAUCCAAGUAUGGUGAAUAUAAAAGGAAGUUGUACUGGUUUUACAAAAUACACCAAAAUAUACCAACGAUGCAAUGCAUCGUUGAGGCUUGUGACUUUAACGAUUCCUCUGUGAGCCUACAGAAAGGCUCAUCUUCUCAUAGAAGAUUUAAAUCCAAAGCUUAUAUCUCUAGUUCUAUUUUUGAACAGUCCUUCAUAUGUUCUCUAGAAAGGUGCAGCAUUUUCAUAUAAUGUUGGAAGUUUAAACUAGAUGUAUGUGGAACCCGGACUUAUUUUUUUUUUGUAGUGUGAGUGGAAGUAUUGCCAAGAUCUGCCUCCACAACAGUGUGUCUCUCUACCUACGAAGGUGGCUGUUUUAUGGAUCCAAUACUGACAGCACAGAGUGAAAAUUUUCAUUGGUAAUCUCUCUCUUUCUCACAGUAGUAAGACUUUCAUUGACAUAUUGGGUCAGUAAUGGAUAUUAGACCAUGAAGAAUUUGUAAUACUGUAUAUUUAUACACAUUUUCACUUCAUUCUGAACUUGAUAUUGCUAGCUCUUUGGUGGAUUUUUUAACAACCUUAUGAUAUUCAUCAAUUUAGAGAUCUUUCAUUCUGUAGAGGUUGUAGGAAUCUGUAAUUUGACAAUUUUGAAGUGGUUAAGUUAAAAAUAUUUAGUGGUGUAUGUAUAGUACAGCAUGGAUGAAGGCACAUCUUGUGUCACAUUUCAUUAAGGUGCAUUUUGCUGUUUUAUUUAUAUUUUGUAUUCAGCAUUGUAGUCAUUCCGUAUCUUGAUAAUGACAAGGCCCUUGAAGGGAAACUCUUUUAUAUAAAAUAGUCUUACUUGAGAUUAUCAUACAUUUUGUAUUUAGGAUUAUCAUACAUUUUGUAUUUAAUUCAGUCAUGGGGCAAAAUAAUAACAUGUUAUUGGUUGGUUCUACAACCUUGCAAAGCAGGAACACGGGACUGCUCACUGGGGCACCUCAGUUGAUCACAGCUGUCAACUUGUUUAGUUAACAAGAUUUUGUGGACAUACAUGUGGGGCCUUCUGCGAUGACGUCAUCUUGUUUACAAAUGGGUGCAGUUGGCAGGUUCUCUUACAUUAUGUUGAUGAACAGAGCUUAAAGCAAACUUGAAUUUAAAGCUAGCCACUUGCAGUAGGUGCAUCAUUGAACACUGCUAUAAACUUGGGGUUAAAGGUGAACAAGAAUUGUGGAAUUCCAAAAUUGAAAAGAUGAACACAGAUGGACUGAUACUUAAAAGAAAAAAAAUUGAAAUGAUCACUGACAAAGAUACUGUACAGUAUAUGUCCAAAACACUUCUUAACAGGUUCAGUAAUGUGCAAUUUCAUGUUUUGUCUCCAAAUUUAAUUACAGACUUAAAUAGAGUAUGAUAUGCUUUGUCAUGCCUUGUUAAAUUAGUAAGGAUAUAUAGUUUAGGUGUGCUUAACUUUUAUUUUCUUCAACAUAUCUUUUAAAAAAUCAGGGAAUGUUCUUGAUAUUCAAGUCUCCACUUGUGUAUCUCAUUAUGAUCGAUUGUUUUUAUUUAUAGCGUUAAAAAAAUUCUAAGUUCUCGUGCAAAAUUAGUCUUGUUUGCAAAUACUGUAUUACACGAGAACAAAGUUGAGUAAAAUACCUACGACUAUUAAAGAUUCUCAUAAAAUCCCAUAUUCAGUCAGGAUCUUGUGGGGGGGGGGGGGUUGUACUCCGGUACUGUAUGUGAUAGGAGUGGUUCACGUAAAUGAAGAGACCUGCUUUGAUAACCCAACCGAGGUGGUUUAUGGUGGUUGUAGCAGCUUUAAUAAUAUCAGUUGUCAUAAGUGUAAAACAAUAAUGGUUAUCACAAGGUUCAUUUUAAUAGGUUUUGACUGUAACAACUUCACAGCAAAUGACUGAGUGGUAUUUGGCGCACUUAACCCCUUCAUUGUUAAAUAAAAUAAUCGUAGAUAGAUAAAUACACGAUAAAAAAAAAGUUCUCUGUCUAGAUUUAUGGGGAAUAAUGUAAAAAAUAAAUAAAAUAUUAACAUGCAUUCAAAGCUCCUAUAUAAUGUUCAAAUGUCCUGUGUCUUUGGUAACACAACCUGUGGUGCUUGAGGCAACUGGGUGCUGGUGUCAUCUUUUUGCACGCUUAGUGUUUUUAUUGUUCAUGCAUAACAUUUGCAGUUGUUUUUAUCUACACUGUGGCACUAGUUACACCAAUUUUGAUAUUACUUAUACUGUACUCACAAAACCACUAUAUAUCCAUGCAGGUUACUGGUCGUGUGUGUAAGGCGGUUAUGUGAUCUUGUAUUUUUUUAUUUUCAUACAU